AAUACCUCAGUGCCCCUUCCCAGCACACAGUAAGGGUAAAGGAUUCGGAGAGAGACAGUCCACAGAGACGGACGUUUGCAUGAGAAAGGACACAGCCCAUUGAUUGUUUGAGUCCAGUGAAGUUUACAAGAAGCCACGAUGAAGCUGAAGUUACCAAACCCUGGACUGGAUGACCGGAUCCCCUCUCAUGGGGACCUGGAGAGGAUGGAGAAGGAGGAGGCUGGAGACAGGCCCAAAUGGGACAACAAAGCCCAGUAUCUGCUCACCUGUGUGGGCUUCUGUGUGGGACUUGGCAACGUCUGGAGGUUCCCUUACCUGUGUCAAAGCCAUGGAGGAGGAGCGUUUAUGAUCCCAUUCCUUAUCCUGCUGGUCCUGGAGGGAAUCCCACUGCUACACCUGGAGUUUGCCAUUGGUCAGCGCCUGAGGAAGGGCAGUGUGGGAGUGUGGGGUUCAAUCAACCCAUACCUGAAGGGAGUUGGUGUUGCAUCCUUGCUUGUCUCAUUUUUGGUGGGCAUGUACUACAACACCAUCAUGGCCUGGAUCAUGUGGUAUCUCUUCAACUCCUUUCAGGAUCCUCUACCUUGGAGCCAAUGUCCUCUCAAUGCUAACAGGACAGGUCUAGUGGAGGAGUGUGCUCGGAGUAGCACUGUCGACUACUUCUGGUACAGAGAGACUCUGAACACCUCAACAGCUAUUGAUGAGUCUGGAGGUCUGCAGUGGUGGAUGGUGUUAGCCCUGGUAGCUGCCUGGACUCUGCUCUAUGUUUGCUGCAUCCGAGGCAUUGAGACCACUGGAAAGGCUGUCUACAUCACCUCCACUCUGCCGUAUCUGGUCCUCACUAUCUUCCUCAUCAGAGGACUGACUCUGAAAGGCUCUGUAGAGGGAAUUAAGUUUCUCUUCACACCAGAUGUGAAUGAGUUAAUGAAUCCAUCGACCUGGUUGGAUGCAGGUGCUCAAGUUUUCUACUCCUUCUCCUUAGCUUUUGGAGGUCUUAUCUCUUUCUCCAGUUACAACUCUAUUCACAACAACUGUGAGCAGGAUGCUGUUCUCAUCUCUAUCAUCAAUGGAUGCACCUCAGUGUACUCCGCAACGGUUAUCUACUCCAUCAUCGGCUUUAGGGCCACACAAAAAUAUGACGACUGCACGGGAGACAACAUCUUGAAGCUGAUGAAUGCCUUCAACUAUCCUGAAAACAACAUCACGGAAAGCAACUACAAUGAAGUUUUGACCCACCUCAACCAGACAAAUCCAGAUAUCAUUCAAGGAUUGCAACUACAGACCUGUGACAUGCAGGUUUUUCUAAGUCAGGGAGUGGAGGGAACAGGUCUGGCCUUCAUCGUGUUCACAGAAGCCAUCAUCAAGAUGCCCUUUUCUCCUCUCUGGGCUGUCCUCUUCUUCGUCAUGCUCUUCUGCCUCGGCCUCUCAACUAUGUUUGGCAACAUCGAGGGAGUGGUGGUUCCAUUGCAGGACCUCAACCUGCUGCCCCGAACUUGGCCCAAAGAAGUUUUCUGUGGUCUGACUUGCUUAAUCUCUUUCGCUUUUGGGCUCAUAUUUUCACUGCGCUCUGGAAACUACUGGCUAGCUCUUUUUGACAACUUUGCUGGCUCUAUCCCCCUGCUGGUCAUUGGAUUCUGUGAAAUGUUCUCUGUUAUCUACAUCUAUGGCAUAGAUAGGUUUAACAAGGACAUUGAAUUUAUGAUCGGCCACAAGCCCAAUAUUUUCUGGCAGGUGACAUGGAGGGUGGUUAGUCCACUCAUUAUGAUCGUCAUCUUGGUGUUCUACUUUGUAACCCAAGUCAGCAAGAGUCUCACCUAUUUGGUCUGGGACCAGGAGGCAGAAAGCUUCCCCACCCUCGAAGCGCGUCCGUUUCCUUCCUGGAUCUACGUCAUCAUCUUCAUCCUGGCUGGAAUUCCCAGUUUAGCCAUCCCAGUGGUUGCCAUCUUCAAAUUCUUCCAGAGGAAAUGCUGCAAGCAGAAGGACUGUAGUAACGAAAUAGUGGACACUAUCUCUGCCAAAAUACAAAUGAGUAACAAAAUUAAGUUUUAGAUAGCUUUUACUUUGAAUAUUUAAUAACAAAAUGAAAAUGGACUUGUUUUAUUGUUGUUUGCAUAUUAUGCUCAUGCCUUUUUUCUUCGUCAUACCAUGCACAGUGACUGAAGACCGCACUAGUGACUACUGACUUUUAUCUGUAAAAAGUUUCAUUAAAUUUAUUAAUUUAAAGUAUUUUCUGAAAUAAUGUGAUUUUGGAGAGAGUAAUUGUUAUUGCUUUACGUGCUGCUGUGUCAUGUUUCACAUGUAAGUAUAUGUUGUACAUCAAAGGAAUAGUUGGACAUUUUGGGUAAUGCGCUUAUUCGCUUUCAUGCCGAGAGUUAGAUAAGACAAUUGAUACUACUCUUAUGUGUAUGUGCUAAAUAUGAAGCUACAGCCAGCAGCCGGUUAUCUUAGCAUAGAGACUGGAAACAAAGGACAGCUAGCCUGGCUAUGUUCAAAGGUAACAAAAUCCACCUACCAGCACCUCUAAACCAUGCUUAUUAACACAUUAUAUCUGGUUUGUUUAAUCUGUACAAAAACCACAGAGUAAAAAUCCCAAUUUGUGGCUGAGCCAGGCUAGCUGCUUUCCCCUGUUUCCACUCUUUAUGCCAAGCACAGACAUGAGUGGUAUCAAUCUCAUCUAACUCUCUGUUUCCAAAAAUGUCUAACUAUUCUUUUGAUAUUGUAAGUUUAGUACAUGCCUGUGUCUAGUAUACAAAAUAAUGUUUUAUAUUAAUAUUUUGUAAAAAAUCUUCAAUAGAGGAGAUCAUUCUUGUUAAAACUUUUGACAUACUGUAAGCACACUUUCAUAACAAAUCAAUGAGUAUGAUCUCUUCUCACCUCUGUGUGACAAAGGAGGCCAUCCAGUGAUUAAACUUAAUUUUAGGUUAAGGUUUAAGUUUUAAUUGGCCUGGCCAUGAAAUGUUGUACAUUUGACACUUAAUUAUUAAAAUGAAUGACUGAAUGGCUAUAUAAAGACAAAAGUACAGAUUGUGCACUGGUUAAUCUGUAGCCUGCAACAGAUAAAGUAAAAGAUCAUAAACUUGUUUCAA